CAACCCUUCCCUAACCAUCCGACUUCCUCCUCUCCUUUCUAGAAUGGUGGCUGUAUGGACAGUCUGACAGAACAGAGACUGACAUCUCCCAAUCUGCCGGCCCCCCACCUGGAACACUACAGUGUUCUGCAUUGCACCAUGACCCUGGAUGUGCAAACUGUAGUCGUUUUUGCCGUGAUUGUAGUCCUCCUGCUUGUCAAUGUCAUACUCAUGUUUUUCCUGGGAACGCGCUGAAUGGAGUCCAGCCACCUGAGCUGUUGCUAACUCUCGAUUUGAUUUCAUCCAGAGAACCACCGAGAAAAAAAAAUCAAGAGAGACAGUCAGAGACAGGGAAAGAGAGGGAGAGAAAGAGCAAGCUUUCUUACUCAGGGGGGAAAACGUUUUGAGCUUCAACAUGGCCUCGCUGUGAUAUGUAUGACGUUGCUGAUCACUGGAGAUUCCAUCGUUAGUGCUGAGGCAGUAUGGGAUCACGUCACCAUGGCCAACCGGGAGUUGGCAUUUAAGGCUGGCGACGUCAUCAAAGUCUUGGAUGCUUCCAACAAGGAUUGGUGGUGGGGCCAGAUCGACGAUGAGGAGGGAUGGUUUCCUGCCAGCUUUGUGAGGCUCUGGGUGAACCAGGAGGAUGGCGUAGAGGAAGGGCCCAGUGACGUGCAGAAUGGGCACCUGGACCCCAACUCAGACUGCCUCUGUCUGGGCCGGCCACUGCAGAACCGGGACCAGAUGCGGGCCAACGUCAUCAAUGAAAUCAUGAGCACUGAACGUCAUUACAUCAAGCACCUCAAGGACAUUUGUGAGGGCUACCUGAAGCAAUGCAGAAAGAGAAGGGACAUGUUCAGCGAUGAGCAACUGAAGGUCAUCUUUGGGAACAUUGAAGACAUCUACAGGUUUCAGAUGGGCUUUGUGAGAGACCUGGAAAAACAGUACAACAAUGAUGAUCCCCAUCUCAGUGAGAUAGGACCCUGCUUCCUGGAGCACCAAGAUGGGUUCUGGAUAUACUCUGAGUACUGUAACAACCACCUGGACGCCUGCAUGGAGCUCUCCAAACUGAUGAAGGACAGCCGCUAUCAGCACUUCUUUGAGGCCUGUCGCCUCUUGCAACAGAUGAUCGACAUUGCUAUUGAUGGCUUCCUUUUGACUCCAGUCCAGAAGAUCUGCAAGUAUCCCUUGCAGUUGGCUGAGCUCCUCAAGUAUACCGCCCAGGACCAUAGUGACUACAGGUAUGUGGCAGCUGCUUUGGCUGUCAUGAGAAAUGUGACUCAGCAGAUCAAUGAACGCAAGCGGCGUUUGGAGAAUAUUGACAAGAUUGCCCAGUGGCAGGCCUCUGUCCUAGACUGGGAGGGCGAGGACAUCCUAGACAGGAGCUCGGAGCUGAUCUACACUGGGGAGAUGGCCUGGAUCUACCAGCCCUAUGGCCGCAACCAGCAGCGGGUCUUCUUCCUGUUUGACCACCAGAUGGUCCUCUGCAAGAAGGACUUGAUUCGGAGAGACAUCCUGUACUACAAAGGCCGCAUUGACAUGGAUAAAUAUGAGGUAGUCGACAUUGAAGAUGGCAGAGAUGAUGACUUUAAUGUCAGCAUGAAGAAUGCCUUCAAGCUUCACAACAAGGAGACUGAGGAGGUACAUCUAUUCUUUGCCAAGAAGCUGGAGGAGAAGAUACGCUGGCUCAGGGCUUUCAGAGAAGAGAGGAAAAUGGUACAGGAAGAUGAAAAAAUUGGCUUUGAAAUUUCUGAAAAUCAGAAGAGGCAGGCUGCGAUGACUGUGAGAAAAGUCUCUAAACAAAAAGGUGUCAACUCUGCCCGCUCAGUUCCUCCUUCCUACCCACCACCGCAGGACCCAUUGAACCAGGGCCAGUACCUGGUCCCAGAUGGCAUCGCUCAGUCACAGGUCUUUGAGUUCACCGAACCCAAGCGCAGCCAGUCACCAUUCUGGCAAAACUUCAGCAGGUUAACCCCCUUCAAAAAAUAAUACCUACAGGGAGGCAGAUAAUUUUAAAAUAAAUAAAAUUAUAUUUAUAGAUGGACCUUUUUUCGGAGAAGCACUGUUGAAAUUUAUAAAUAUAUACAUAUAUAUAUAUAUGGACAUAUACACACACACACAGACCCUUGAGUGUGCACACACACACACACACACACACACAGAAGGACCAAAAACGUUUUCUGUUCUUUGGGGGAAGUGAAAUCUAUAGUUGGUAGGAAGAGGUACCGAUGACUUCCAAACAUUUGAUCCCUUCUUAAAAGUUUUUUGUUGUUCUUACUCUGUACCCUUCCCCUUUACUUUCAGAAAUUGACAUUUCUAUUUGUUCCUUUUCUUGUUGACAGAAUCUCUUUACUCCCCUGUGAGUGAUUCAUUGACUUGUCAUUAUUACCAUAGGUGUGUUUAUAUUGGUUUAUUUCUUUCCUGAUGAUACUGAUGCUGAUAACUUUUGAAUUUAAUUUAAUGUGGUGGGGUUUGGGAGUUUAGAAUUUUUCUCCCUUUUACUUUUUACUAGCUAAAGGGAGGGUCCUCUUUCUCUUCUCCCUCAGCUGACCAUUAUCUGCGAAUGUUUCUGCAGCCCUGCAGUUGCCCCAAACAGCCCUCUCUCCCUGCAUCUUCUGUUCUCAGUGUGCAAGUCUGGACGUGCUCUGUUGUGCCCUGUGACAUAAAUGCUCAAUAUUUCUAUUGCUUUCACUGUGUUUUAGGUAUUGUAGAGGGAUCUAAACCAAACAGAAGCAAGGGUGUGUCAGACUCUAAUGAUGCUGGAGAGAUCCUCUGUUCAGGGAACAUUCUCCAUUUGGGUUGUUUCUUCUCCUAGCACUGGCCUUUCCCAUGUUGCAGCACUGCUCAGUCAUGACAGUUUUGUAUCUGGGAUUUAGUUUUGCAAAUUACUCUGUUCUUCAAGAUGGUUUGGUUAUGGUUUUCCUUUUGAGUCUGUCCCUCUCCUAACCUAAAAGAUCUGAACUGGAAGCAGACAGGCUGAAAUUCUGCCUUUUGUGGGAAGAAUUCAAUUGCCUCCAGUACCAAGUAGAUUUAAGACAGGGCUGCCCAUUGCAAUCAGUUUUAGGGCCUGGUCAUCCCUGUUUCAAUUUGCAGAUUGUUUAGGCAGCAUUGCAGGAGUAUAUGAAGGGAUAAAGACAGAGACUACCCUACAUGACCAAGAUCAUCAGCUGCCUUUAAAUUGUUUGCAUAGACAAGAUCAAGGCUGACAGCAACCUCUUACAGGAAAAACCAGGGAUGGCUAUGGAAAGAGACAGCCUUGGCCCAAGAUAUGUACCUGCAGUUCCUACCAUUCAAGUUAUUUGAGACUUCCCCCAUUGUUAGCAGAUUGCAUGGACAAUCUUCCAUGGCCCUUUUCUUCCCCUCUUCCUAUCUUUCUUCUCUCUCCUGUUCUACUGGCACAGGAGGGUUGCUGGUAUUGCCAUAGUUAGAGCACUUCUGGCACUUGAAGAAGGCCCCCUUUCCAACAUUGUCCCAUCUCAGGACACUUGAAGCAAGUAAGUGAGGAUCCCAGGGGGCCUUUUUCCUAUGGAGAAAGGAUCUGAGACAGAGAUCCUAUACUUAGGGUCCUUUUUUUUUUUGGCAGAAUUACACUUGGGUAAAAGUAACUUCUCCCACAGAGAGUUCCCUGUGGGUACAGGAGUACUUGUUUCUCCUCCCCCACAUAGCCCCUUGGGUGGAUAGACCUUGAACAGCAAGAAGAAUGGACUACAAACGAGUGAGGAUUGGCCUUGCUAUGGAGAACCACGCUAGUGAGGAAUCUGGAGAUUGUGAGUCUGUUCGGGACCCCAUGGGAGAAGACUUCAUCAUGAAAGGACCUCAGCUUACUGAGCAGCAACCAUGGCUGCCUCUGGCCCUCACUGUAGCUGGCUUGAUUGAUACUCUAUGUCUCCUGACCCAGACCAGGCCCUGCCCAACCUGGGAAUGUUUCUUCUGUGGAAUCAACAUACAGACUGUUUCAGCUUCCAUUCUACCACACCCAAAUAAGACUUGUGGAAUGAGCCAAGGAUAUAUUUGAGCUGGGCAGAGGGCCGGGGCUCGGGACUGGCCACCCCUGCUUAGCACAUGACCCAGCCAUUUAAACUCCCUUGGAAAGUAAGCUGGUAUCCAGUGCAUAAGAUAAAAUGGCCUCCCUGGCGAGUGGAAUGUGUUUCAAUGGCUGAGUAGGCAUCUCUUGAACUUCCAUUCUUUCCUACUUGUCAUUCUUCCCCAGUAGGCCUGGCGUUGACAUAUUUCUCCAGGGUCUUAGAGCCCACCAACAGGAGAGGCUUAAACAAGUCCCUGGACAUACAACAUCACUUGGCCAAGCCCCCUUGUCCUUGUGCUUCACUGGGCUUGUACCCAGAGCUUGAGGAUCAGGGAUAUAACCUCUCACCACCAACCUCUCGUUCAUCUAUCUCUCAUCCACCCAACCCACUGGCCUCACCCAGAUGCCAAUAACUUGUGAAAACAAGAAAUCAGUUCUCCCUUGGUUGUAGUGUUCCAUCGGCUGAUAGCAGCGAAUUAAACCAGUGGCCAGCAGUCUCAUGGGGAGCCUCAUUAUCUGGGCUCAUGGUCCAGUCCUGUUCUGUGUCCUCACAGCAGUGCUAUCCCCAAGAACUCUGUAAAUCUUUGUUUCUGCAUGGCCCUGAGCUCCUUUUUCCUCAACUCAAUGAGGCCUGGAUUUGCUCUUCAAAAGGCUUUGCUCUUGUGUUCUAUGGGCCCUGCUGUGGGAUGGUCCUAACACAGAAAUCCAACUCCUCUUUCCCCCUCUCCCCCAUUCUCUCUCUGUGUAUAUCUCUAAUGGAUUUAUAAGGACAGCAACAAGAGAGUUCUAACAAUUCUAGUGUAAAGCCAAAUAGUGAUCUUUUAGUGCUUUGGGGAUGGGGUGGGCUGGGGUGGAUGGAUGGGCAACAGUGAUUUUGAUUACCCCUGCUGCUCUGCAUUUGCCAGUUUACUUUGUUUCUUCUGACUGUUUGACCCUGUCAAACAAGUGUCAAAGUUGUGUGUUUAAAAAAAAUGUUUAACAACAAAAAUACGAUGUUGUAAUGACACAAAGCCUUAUGAAAAUAUUU